AUGCAGUUCUUGCACAUUUCAUCGCUGGCCGAGUACCCGACAGCUCAAAUUAUUAUGUGGCACCCUCUGAGCAAGCUGGAGCUCUGCAUGGAUCGGGCGCCGCGGAGCCUUGAUCCGGACGUCAAGACAGAAAAUAACAAGCUUCUGCGAACACCGAAGAAUGGGCAUGUGAAUGGUAAACUGAAGGAUGCACCCCUACCCGUCGCGAAACGCAGCAAAGGGCGCCGCGUCGAACGACAGGAAAUUGAGGAUACAUUUGCAAAGUAUUCGGAAUUCAGCGGCGACCAUUCCCGCAUGAAGAAAGAUGGAUCCAGCGGCAAAUUUCAAGAAGUGAGGUGGAUGGGCUGGAAGGGCGUCCGGACCCUGUUGGAGGUGGUAAAGAGCAAAACUUCUGGCAAACUUGUCGACGAUAGGGACUACCUCAUGGAGCGAAUUAUUCAACUUGUGGCCAAUCUCCCUCCAGAAUCAUCAGCGCGAGAACAGCUCACCAAGACUUUUGUUAAAUCACUCUGGGUCUCUCUUCCUCAUCCACCCCUCGCAUAUCUCGGCGACGAGUAUCGCUACAGAGCCGCCGAUGGAUCGAACAACAACCCAAUGUUUCCCCGACUGGGAGCUGCCAACACACCCUACGCGCGCUCCGUCAGACCUAUCACUAUCCAGCCUGCGGCACUUCCAGACCCGGGUUUGAUCUUCGAUAGUCUUUUCGCUCGCCAGGAAUUUAAGCCUCACCCCACUGGAGUCUCUAGCACCGAUCCAAGGAAUCAGCACAUCUCACAAACUUCUUCGUAUCUUGAUCUUUCCACGCUCUAUGGUGAUAAUCAAGAUGACCAAAACCAAAUGCGUACCUUCAAGGAUGGGAAACUCAAAGCCGAUACAUUUUCGGAUCCUAGACUUCUCGCACUCCCACCUGCUUGCAGCGUUAUUUUGGUCCUGCUGAACCGAUUCCACAACUAUGUUGUCGAACAGCUAGCACAGAUAAACGAGAAUGGCCGGUUCACUAAACCCCAUGCUAACCUGCCACCAGAUCAAUCGGCAAAGGCAUGGGUUAAAUAUGAUAAUGACUUGUUCCAGACCGGGCGGCUUAUAACAUGUGGCCUCUAUAUAAAUAUCACAUUGUACGAUUAUGUACGAACCAUAAUCAACCUUACACGGAGCAACACGACCUGGAGUUUGGACCCAAGAAUUGACACGAAGAAAGUUGCUGCUCCGGAAUCUGCGGAAAGCGGCGUUGGUAACCAGGUAUCUUUCGAGUUCAACCUUGCUUAUCGGUGGCAUUCAUGUAUCGGCCAACUUGAUGAGAAAUGGAUCAACGAUAUCUACCACGAUCUUUUUGGCAAAAGCGGGGAAGAUAUUUCUAUGCCAGAGCUGAUGGUUGGAAUGGGAAAAUGGAAACAAAAACUUCCUGAAGACCCUUCUAAGAGGACAUUUGCCAAGCUAAAGCGGCAAGCAGAUGGACGGUUUAGGGAUGAAGAUCUGGCUAGAAUUAUAACCGAAGCGACUGAGGAAGUUGCAGGAACAUUCGGUCCACGUAACGUUCCCAAGGCCCUCCGAGCAGUCGAAAUACUUGGAAUUCAGCAGGCGCGGAAAUUCGGCUGUGGCACUUUGAAUGAGUUCCGGAAGUUCUUCGGCUUAAAGCAGUAUGAAUCAUUUGAGGAAAUCAACUCUGACCCUGAAAUAGCCGGCCAGCUUCGGAAUUUAUACGAGCACCCUGAUUAUGUUGAGCUUUACCCAGGCAUUGUUUCAGAGGAGCCGAAGAUUCCUAUGGUCCCUGGAGCCGGGAUUUGUCCAACCUAUACUAUCUCGAGAGCAGUUCUUUCAGACGCAGUAGCACUUGUGCGUGGUGACCGAUUCUACACCAGCGACUACAAUGCCAAAAGUUUGACAAACUGGGGAUAUACAGAGACUCACUAUGAUCUUAGCAUCAACCAGGGGGUCCCAGACUCCAUCUACGCACACUAUCCCAUGACGAUUCCCAGCGUAAACAAGGAAAUUUUUGCCAAGCUGGGCCGACAGAGUCAUUUUUCUUGGGAUCGCCCUGCGUUGUUGUCCCCUCGAAUUGACCUCACUUCCUACAAUGGAGCAAAAACAAUUCUUCAGAACUCUAAAGAUUUCCGAGUCACUUGGGAGGCGUCCCUCGGUUCACAUCUUGCAAGUCAGGGCUUCAAUGAGUCACAAGCUAAAGUCAUAGAUGAAACCUUUGCUCAAGACUCGUGGCGUGAGGAAGUCAAGCAAUUCUAUCAGGAUAUCACUCAAAAAUUGCUGAAGCGGAACUCAGUGAAAAUUGCUGGAAUUAACCAGAUUGAUAUCACCCGGGAUCUCGGUAAUCUCACGCAUGUGCACUUCGCUGCAAGUACUUUUAAUCUUCCUAUCAAAACAAAGGAUAACUCAAAGGGAGUAUUCACCGACCAUGAAAUGUUCAUGGUAAUGCUGGCGGCAUUCACCAGUGUAUUCUCUGAUGUAGACCCCACAAAAUCUUUCCCCCUGCGACAGGUGGCUCGUGAAGUGGGUGAACAGUUUGGUCAGGUUGUGGAGUCAUAUGUCAAAUCUAUCAAAGCGUUUAAUCCGUUCUCUAGUAUUAUUGAUAGGUUCCAGAAGGAUGGCAACACAUUGGCCAAGUUCGGCGCGGACGCAACCCGCAGGCUUCUAAAAGCCGGCCUCAGCGUUCCACAGGUGGCUUUGUCGUAUAUUCUUCCCAUUAUCUGUACAGCAGUUCCAAGUCAAGCCCAGGCUUUUACUCAAAUCAUCGACUAUUACUUGUCAGAUGAGGGCAAAAUACACCUCCCUGAUAUCAACAGCCUUGCAAAGGAGGAUUCCUUAGAAUCCGACACGAAACUUCUGCAUUAUUGUAUGGAGGGGCUUCGACUUAACGGGCCAUUCAGUUCCUAUCGCGAUUCAAAUGCAAACAUUCUCAUCAAUGAUGGUGGUCGUGAAGUUUCCAUCAACGAUGGAGAUACAGUCUUCAUUUCUUCUGCUAGGGACCCCAACAUAUUCCCAAGGCCUGACGAAGUCGUUCUUGACAGACCUCUGGAAUCCUAUAUCCAUUACACUGAUGGCGCUUUUACCUGUUUCGGAAGAGACGCACAGAUGGUGGCGCUAUCCUCCAUGCUGCGUGUAGUUGGGCGUCUAGAUAACCUACGCCCUGCGCCGGGCCCUCAAGGCCAACUGGCGAGAAUUAGCCGUCCUGACGGACAUUUCGCUUAUAUGCGAGAAGACUGGGGUGGCUACUCGGCGCUCCCGAUGACUCUGAAAGUUCACUACGACGCUACUGAGGCUCAGCCAAUCAAAAUCAUCACAAAUUAUCUCGCCGUCUGGCUGUUAUCAGAGCAAAUCAUGCUGACGCCAUCUUAUGAUUUUAUUGAACUACUUUACUGCUGUACAUGGUAUCUUUUUGAGAGGGGUCGGUUCGAUAUUAGCUUCUCUAUUGCGGAGAAGGCAGUCGAAUUUGCCAAGCGGUCGUUAAAGAUCAAAGAGCAGGCAGUUGCCGACAAUGCGCUUGACAAACAUCACCCUCAAUUAGCUAACUCUUACAUAAACAUCGGCGUCUUUAUCGCGGGUAUGAAUCCGCGCGAUGCAAUUCGCUUACAUGAAAAGGCCAUUGUUAUUCGGGAGGGAUCACCUAAGUAUGCAGAUGAUCAGAUGCAACUGUUAUCUUUGAAUUACAUGAACAUCGGUCGAUGCUGGUGGAUGGUAAAGGGACUUGACAAAGCUACUGCCGCAUAUGAGAAAAGUAUUUCUAUCAUCAAAGAGCUAGAAGAGGCAACGGGAGCACCUUUUGCACAGAAAUCUUGGGCUAUGUCGGCCCUUGCGAACGUACUCAUUGACAAGGGGAAGUUUGAUGCCGCCUUUGAUCUUUUCACCCAGAGUGUGAAAGUGCAUCAACAGGUUCUUGGGGCAACUCACCACAAGACCGUAGCCUGUUACAACAAAAUCGCCUGGUUUCUGCGCAAACAAGGGGAGUAUGGAAUGGCAAUGUAA